CCUGGUUUCUAAUACCUGCACGAGCCUCUGCUCCUUCAUUCCAUGACAGAAUAAUAGUUGAGACAAGGCUAAACAACUGCACAACAUAAAAGGACAAUCUUUCCAUUCACUUUUUCCACCGGAACUCUUUCUUCCCAGCUUGGUAACUUUGGAGAGGCUUGGAUACCACUGCUUUUGCACUGACAUUUUGUGAGUCACAGCAGGAGUUUUGUGUGUGUGUGGAUUUUGCAUUUACCACAGUACCUGUUCCAUUCUGACGCCCAAGGUUCUGUCCUACCCAGCACCGUCGCCAGUGCAGUUUGAAGCCUGCCUAAACUCAGCUCUAACCCAGCCCCGAGAGGUCCGGCUCCCAGACCAACGCCCUGAACAUGAGAGAGCUGUGUGUCUGUGUGUCUGUCCUGCUAGCUUUGGCCACCCAGGCCGCGGCUAGGCCUAAAGCAGGACCGGAGCAGAAGUGCAAGUCCGGCCCAGUGGACCUGGUGUUCAUUAUUGACGGCUCUCGAAGUGUGCGGCCCCACGAGUUCGAGACCAUGCGCAAGUUCAUGAUUGACAUCAUCCACACUCUGGACGUGGGGGCGAACGCCACCCGGGUGGGCGUGGUGCAGUACUCCAGCCAGGUCCAGAACGAAUUCUCUCUCAAGACCCACGGCAAGCUGCAGGGCAUGGUUAAAGGCAUCAAUGAGAUCAUCCCCCUGGCGCAGGGCACCAUGACAGGCCUGGCCAUCAAGUACGUCAUGAACCAUGCCUUCACGGCAGCCGAGGGCGACCGACCCAAGGUGCCCAAUGUGGCCGUCAUUGUAACGGACGGGCGGCCCCAGGACCGCGUGGCGGAGGUGGCAGCCGAGGCUCGAGACAAGGGAAUCGAGAUCUAUGCGGUGGGUGUCGCCCGGGCGGAUAUGACCUCGCUGCGUGCCAUGGCGUCACCGCCCUACGAGGACCAUGUCUUCCUGGUGGAGUCUUUUGACCUGAUCUACCAGUUUGGCCUGCAGUUCCAGGACAAGCUCUGCGGGAUGGAUCUUUGCCUGGAGUCUGACCAUGGCUGUGAGCACCUCUGUGAGAGCUCCCCUGGUUCUUUCCACUGCCUGUGUCUGCCAGGGUACACUCUCAACGAGGAUGGCAAGACCUGCAAAGCCAUAGACCUGUGUGCUGAGGAGAAGCAUGACUGUGAGCAGAUCUGUAUCCCCUCCCCGGGAUCCUUCACCUGCGGCUGCAACACUGGCUACACCCUCAACGACGACAAGAAGACCUGCACAAUGAUCGACUACUGUUCAUUUGGGAAUCACAGCUGUCAGCAUGAGUGUGUGAGUGUCCUCAAUGGCUAUUUCUGCCGCUGUAAUGAGGGAUACACACUCCAGGAGGAUGGAAAGACCUGCCAGAUGAUAGACCUGUGUGCUGAGGGGAAGCAUGACUGUGAGCAGCUCUGUAUCGCCUCCCCAGGCGCCUUCACCUGCGAUUGCAACGCUGGCUUCACCCUCAAUGACGACAACAAGACCUGCACAAUGAUAGACCUUUGUGCUGAGGGGAAGCAUGACUGUGAGCAGAUCUGUAUCGCCUCCCCAGGCGCCUUCACCUGCAACUGCAAUGCCGGCUUCACCCUCAACGACGACAAGAAGACCUGCGCAGUGAUAGACCUGUGUGCUGAGGAGAAGCAUGACUGUGAGCAGAUCUGUAUCACCUCCCCGGGCACCUUCACCUGUGACUGCAACACUGGCUACACCCUCAAUGACGACAAGAUGACCUGCACAAUGAUAGACCUGUGUGCUGAGGGGAAGCAUGACUGUGAGCAGAUCUGUAUCGCCUCCCCAGGCGCCUUCACCUGUGACUGCAACACUGGCUUCAAACUCAACAAUGAUAGGAAUACCUGCACAAACCUUGACCUGUGUAACACAGUGGAGCAUGGCUGUGAGCACCAGUGUAUCAGUACACCAGGAUCCUACUACUGCAUCUGCCCUGAGGGACAGCUACUGGCAGAGGAUGGCAAGGGCUGCGGAACCUGCAGAUCGGCCAACAUCGACCUGGUCCUCCUCAUCGAUGGCUCAAAAAGUGUGCGUCCUCAGAACUUUGAGCUGGUCAAGCAGUUUGUCAACCAGGUGGUGGACUCCCUGGAUGUGUCGGCCCAUGGGACACGAGUGGGCCUAGUGCAGUACUCCAGCCGCGUGCGAACCGAGUUCGCCCUCAAAAUGUACCAGAAGGCGGAUGACAUCAAGAAGGCGGUGAUGAACGUGGAGUACAUGGAGAAGGGCACCAUGACGGGCCUGGCCCUCAAGCACAUGGUGGAGAACAGCUUCUCGGAGGCAGAGGGUGCCCGCAAGAACAUCCCUCGUGUGGGCCUGGUCUUCACCGACGGCCGCUCUCAGGACGACAUCACCGAGUGGGCCAAGAAGGCCAAAGAAGCAGGAAUCACCAUGUAUGCUGUUGGCGUUGGGAAGGCCGUGGAGGAUGAGCUACAUGAGAUUGCCUCAGAGCCACUAGACAAGCACUUCUUCUAUACCACUGACUUCACUUUCAUCAACCAGAUAGCAGAGAACCUCAAGCUCAAUGUCUGUGCAGAGGAGAGCCAGGGAGAGAUUGAGGUGAAAGACCCAUGUGCCUGUGAGAGUCUGGUUGAGUUCCAGCAAGCAACAAUGUCCACUCUGGAGCAGCUGAAAACAAAACUGGUGGGUAUGACUGCACGAUUGGAGUAUAUGGAGGACCAGCUGCUGUCACGGAAAUGAGGGAUGUCAUCCAAGUAACCCAACAAGAAUGAGGAGAUGCGUUGAGUAUAGAAGAGUCUUCCUGUCAAGAAUGUAACAGUAAAAACACAGGUCCUGUCAAUAUUGAAUUUCCAUGAUGUAAAUGACCCAAAACAAUAUGUAAUGUAGAAUAUCUUAUUUCAGCGCAUGAAUGUUUACAUGCACUGGACUUAAGUCAUGUCAAGCACAUCCAUACUUAAUGUAGAGGUAAGCACAGGCAACUAGAAAGUACAGCCAUUGUUGAUAACUUAAAACUCCAAUAUCGAACUUUUUGGGCGACCUGACCAAAUUCACAUAGAAAUAUGAGUUAUAGAUCUGUCAUUGAAAGUAAGUCUAAGAAGCUGGUAGAUCGGUUCUCUGUGGGCUAUUUCUAUGCUUCCCGGUCAUACGUUUCGUUUGUGCGUCUUUUACUUUCAGUUUUGUACAUCUUCAAACAGCUGAAAAUACAAUAUUUUAGGUUAUGGAAAAUGGUACAAUGAUUCUCUACACUAUAAUUGCUGAUGUUGUCACUAUAAACUUCAAUUAGGCAAACUAUUAGAAUUUUUGCAACCAGGAAAUGCUGGGGCGGUGUCUGCAUAGUGCAUCUUUAAUACACAGUAUUUUUCCAUUCUCACACCAGUAGGUUUCUUUGUGCUCCAUUUAUCCUUAAUCUGUUUUAUAUGGUUUGUUAAUGUAAUGUGUUUAUAGCAAGUUUGAUACCAGCAGUAGAUAUCUGGGAAAAGAGAAAUUAACAAGUAUUAUUAUUACCACUCCAUAUGAUUUGGCCAAAGUCAUUUCAAAUCACAAAUCAGUGAUUCAGUUAUUUCAAAUUCAGACGCAUUCUCUCAUAGAAAGUAAUAUAAUCCAAUAUUUUUUUUAGGAAUAAAUGAUAGGAGAGAUGUAAAGAGUACAAAGUAGGGUUCCUGGAUUCACAAAAGUGAAACCAAGCAUUACAAAAUUACCCAGAUCAAACCAAAACAUUACUGUCAAGAGGAUGACAGAGUUCUGUAUUAAUUUGAGCUCCAAAAAUACAUCCUAAAUUAAUCAUUAAGAUCACAUUGAUUGUUACUUUGUAACUAUGUAUGAAAUUGAAUGAGGUCAUGGAUUUACUGGUAUAUUAUGUGAAAUCAAAAUACCACCACAAAGGAAGGGACAUUUAUGCUCCACUAUUGCUGUGGUUUACUUUCUUUUAAAUGGAGUGAGCUUUUACAGUUGAACUGAUUUGCCCUAUCUUUUAAGCAUUUUACUACAUUUUCUAGAGACUGAGAGAAUGUCACUGAGCUAUGUAAAUGAACAAUAGGGCCUUUUAGUUAGUUGUUGUUCUUUAUUUAGUCUUGUAUUAAACGACCAUGUGAUGGAAAGAUUUAUACCCCUGUAUUUGGUUACCUGUACUUUUUGUAUUUAUUCUAAUAACCUUUUUUGUAAUGGUUGAAGACUCUUUAUUCUGGCACAGAUGGCAAUAAAGACUGAACUGUU